CACUGGUACGAUGAUUGCACCCAUAUUCUUUCUUUCAGGCCUAUAAUUUCUUCCGAAGUGGAGCGAGAGCUCACUGGCACUUUUGAUAUCUCCAGUAUAUCAACGGAAGCACGAGAAUGGCUUGAAGAGAGGAUAGCUGAACAGGUCCUCGAAAGGGUGAAGAAGUUGGAGGAGGCGAUGACUGAGAGCCAAAAAAGGGCAAGGGCCGAAGUCGAAUCUCGGUUAAGGGCACAGAUCCUUGGUGAAAUGGAAGAAGAAAUGGCUUCCAUACGAAGAAGAGAAGAAGCAUCGCGGGCAAAAUGUUCAGCACUCGAAAAAGAAUUGGAAGAGAAAGUCCGACAAGCCGAUGAAAGCGAGAAAAGGUUCAACGAGGAGCGGCUUGCGAUGCUGGCUGAGCGAAGUGCGUUGGAGCGUGAACGUCAGGAAGUGCUCAGAGAAAAGACUGCCCUUCAAAAGCACGAGCAGCUUGCGAUCAUCAACAAAGGUGGAGCGGUUAGACCGCCGAUCAAGUUUUCUUUUGGAAAGUAA